CAGCUACCGCUGAACUGUCAAAACGGGUCUGAACUGAAUUGUAACAUCAAGAAAAAAGCAAAUACACUUUUUUCCUAACCGACCGACCUCAACAAUUUAAAAGAAGUUUAGUUUAAAUCAAAACAAUACUUUUGAUAUACAAUUAAGUUUUUAUGUUAACAUUGAAACAUUUCUGAAAAAGGUGACUGAUUGGAAACCAUAAAAGCAAAGCUUUGAACGUUGAAAGGAUUGCGUUGCUGCACACUGCAAGGAAAGAGAAAGGAAUGUGAAAAGAGAAACGUUGACGACGACGACGGGAAUAAAGGUGUUUGAAUGAAGAACCAAUUGCCUGAAAAAAUGCAUUGAAAUUUAGGAAAGCACACACCGAAAUUCCUUUGAUUCAUAACGAGUUUCGAAAGGUUUUCGCCUCAAUUCAACUACACAUUCAAAACAGGGAAGGAAAACUGGUGGAACUGCCUCGCCACAUUACACAAAAAAACGAACGAAGCCAACUGGCAGGCAGACAGAGGUAAGGUGACAUUUUCCUAUACAAUUUGCUAGUGUUGCCAGGACUGAUGAACUCCGUCCUACAAACAACAACAUUGAUGGCAAAAUUUUCCGAAAAACGUGAUAAUUGAUAUCUAAAAUCUGUGAAACGGAGAGAAUAAUCCAACAAUUAACUGAUAGCUGCAUCCAUCACUUAACUUCUAAAUGAACGACCAGGCCUAUGAGCUUCUAAAGUGAAUAGGUCGAGUCACAAAACCGGAAACAGAUAGCUGUAAUUUUUAGAAGACCAACAAAACAACUUACCAACCAACCAACCAUAAAGUUAUUCAAUAAUUUUUUGGUAAUUAGGUAAUACUUCUUUGUACACUUUUCUGCAAGAGAAGAAAGACAACGCAGCAUUCCUAGAAUGCAUAUAAAAAGUCUGCAACAUGCUCAUGCUGCUGCAGCAGCGGCAGCGGCAAUGCCAAACUGUGAAAUUGUAAUUGUAUCAUCGUCGCCUAAUCAUAAUAAUAACAACAACAAUAAUAACAAUAACAAUGAAAGUACAAAUGGAACAUCCAGCAAUGGUAGCGGAGGCGGCAGUGGAACCGGCGGUGGUGGAGGCGGUGCCCACAACAACAAUCAUCAUCAGCAGGGUCCAACGACUGCUGCACCAACGGAAAUUCCAAUACCAUUUAUGCAUUUGGCAGGAGUAAGUGCUGAGGCACACGCGGCCGCCCAAGCAGCAGCCAUGGCAGCGGCCCAGGCCGCAGCCGCUCAAGCUGCGGCAGCUGAACAUCAAAACGGUGGGAAUGGACCUGCACCUGGCAGUGCUUUGGCCCACCAUCAUGCCAUACUGCAGCAACAUCCAUUGGCUCAUUUGGUGGCCACCGCUGCACACAGUCCUGCACUAUCGGAACAACAUUUUAUUGCCCGCGAUGCUACCGUCUUGACCAACGGCCACAAUGGCAGUUCAACGCCCGUAUCGGCUGGAGGUCCGGCACCGGAAAAGCCAUUUCAGUGUAAUGUCUGCGAACGGCGAUUCCGGCAACUGAGCACACUAACCAAUCAUGUGAAAAUUCACACUGGAGAAAAACCGUACAAAUGCAAUGUUUGUGAUAAAACAUUUCGUCAAUCGUCCACACUAACAAACCAUUUGAAAAUACAUACCGGAGAGAAACCGUUUAAUUGUACCUAUUGCCCGAAACAUUUUCGUCAAUUGAGUACGCUAACAAAUCAUUUGAAAAUUCAUACAGGUGAAAAACCUUUUGAAUGUGCCGUUUGUAAAAAACAAUUCCGUCAAUCUAGUACUCUUAAUAACCAUAUAAAAAUCCAUGUAAUGGACAAAGUCUAUGUUCCCGUCAAGAUUAAAACCGAGGAAGAGGAGGGAUGA